AUGAACUUGACCGUACUCGCUGAACUUUUUGAGGCUCGAAAUCGAGCCGAAACCGAACUGAUUUGUGCUCAUGUAAGUUCUAUAUUGUAACUCCGAAACUCUAGAAACCAAAUGCUUUAAGUAUGAAACAUAUACCCCCAUAAGGUUUAUCCUUAUCACAAUUGCGACGGUGGUAGCGUCUUUGGGAACUAUUGGCAAUAUCCUGCUGCUUAUCAUCUUUUCUGGUAAGCAGGUAAGUAGCAAAUGAAGACACAUCUUCUCUACCGUGAUCUUAUUCAGAACUCGAACACCCCAGCGACCCUGUAUCCAUCUGUACUCGCGUGCUUGGACUUUGCCAUUUGUCUCGAAUACAUUUUGUUGUUCGGAGUGGACGCUUUGGUCAGCUAUCUCAAAAUUGAGGUAAUGUUUCUAAUAUUUUGGCACAUGUAAUCCACAAAGAAUCUUUCAGAGUCUCUUCUCGCUCUACUAUCUCUACAUUGUUCCGGCGUACGUCAUGGCGCGAAUCACUCAAUUGGCGAUCCCUUAUAUGCUCAUUUUCGCCACACUUGAACGCCUCUUCUGGACCUCGAAAAACAAGUAGGCCGUUUCAUUGCAGUAGUCCAUUCCCAUCUCCCAAAAACAAGACAUUGAACUAGAAGAUCAAUUAGCGCAGUGCUAUUCAGAAGUCCACUUCUCAAAGCAUUUCACUCGUCCACCGGCCGCCACGUCACCGUCAUCGUCUCCCUGAUCAUGUGCGUUGUACUCCGCUCCCCCAGCGCAUUUGCGAUUAUGGUUGAUGACUAUCCAAACUGCCCAGACUUUUUCCGCACAAAAACCACCAAUCAAAGGUGAGACGAAGAGCGCUAUAGCGUAAAACUCGGAACUUUCAGGUUAUGGGCACAGAAUAGUCCGGUUUACCAUUUCUUUGACUUUCAAGUCAUGACUAUUGCUCAGACCCUUGUUCCAUUCAUUCUUCUGGUUGCACUCAAUUUGAUCAUUGUUCGCAGAAUGUGCUCGGAUAGUGUGCAAAAAGAGAAGGAGCCGGAGCAUACGGAAGUGUGCUUUCAGGAGGAACGACUGUUGCCUCAGAUUACUCCGGUGCACAAAUCUUCCACAAGUAAGAGCACUUGCAGAGAGCUACAGUAGUCAUGUUUUUCAGCCAUCGGACUGUCAUUCCCUCCACUGAAAAGCAUGGCUCCAGCGGUCAGAAGUGCAGUCUUCACCAUGGCCGCUAUCGUCACUUCCUACCUGAUUUCGAACGUUCUUCACCUGAUUUUAACCGUUUUGGAAAGGUGUCUCCUUCUAAAGUACUUGAACUAUAUGUACUAAAUACUAUCCGUUUCCAGGUCCGGUCACGAAAUCUUAAAAUCCGAUGAAGACCCCCAACUCUCGUCCACUUUCCACACAUACUUCUCCGACUUGGUCUCGUUAGUCUACAUGUUCACUUCGGCGAUCCGAAUCGUCAUCUACUACAUGUGUAAUCCGAAAAUCAGAGGAGACUUGAUCGACUUUUUUGCUAACCGGAAAAAUGCAGUUUAUUUGUGA